CCAGCUGCUUUCUGCACUCGGGAGCUGCGCGGCUCCUCUGCCCCUCAACUCCUCCUGCGGCGGCUCCCAUCCACGGCUCGCUCUUUCUCUCCGCUGCCCGCGGCCGGGGCAGCCCGAGCAACUUCGGGGCGCUGCCUCGGCCUCUCCCCCCAGCCGCUGGGCUUCUCCCCCCGUGUCCCCCGGCCCGGGGAGCCGCACCGAAGCCCCCCCUCCACUCAGCCCCGCCGCCGGCGCCCCGCGGGGGGGAGGGGGGGCGCCACCGAAGGGAGUGAGCCCCCAGUCCGCCCCUCGGAUGAACUAACUCCCAAUGAGAAAGAGGAGAAGAUGGAGCUGCACAUCCUAGAGCACCGGUUGAGAGUGGCCAGCAUAGCCAAGGAGAGCGUGCCUCUGUUUACCUAUGGGCUCAUCAAACUCGCCUUCCUGUCGUCUAAGACCAGGUGCAAGUUCUUCAGCCUGACCGAGACGCCGGAGGACUACACCAUCAUCGUGGAUGAAGAGGGCUUCCUGGAGCUGCCAUCCUCAGAGCAACUGAGCGUGGCCGACGCGACGUGGCUCGCCUUGAACGUGGUGUCUGGCGGAGGAAGCUUCUCCAGCUCCCAGCCCAUCGGGGUGACCAAGAUUGCAAAGUCGGUCAUCGCCCCUCUGGCAGACCAGAACAUCUCGGUGUUCAUGCUUUCUACCUACCAAACAGACUUCAUCCUGGUACGUGAGCGGGACCUGCCCUUUGUCACACACACCUUGGCGGCCGAGUUCACCAUCCUUCAAGUCGUCAAUGGGGAGACGGUAGCAGCCGACAACUUGGGCAUUACCAACGGCUUUGUGAAACCCAAGAUGGUUCAGAGGCCGGUCAUUCACCCUCUCUCCAGCCCCAGUAACAUGUUUUGUGUCACCAGCCUGGACCCCGACACGCUGCCCGCCGUGGCCACACUCCUGAUGGAUGUCAUGUUUUACUCCAACGGAGUGAAGGAGGCCGUGGUAGGCAGUGAGGACUGCGGCCACAUCCGUUUCUUCUCCUUCUCCCUGAUCGAGGGCUACAUCUCCCUCGUGAUGGACGUCCAGACCCAGCAGAGGUUCCCAAAUAAUCUGUUGUUCACGAGCGCGUCCGGAGAACUCUGGAAGAUGGUGCGGAUCGGCGGGCAGCCCCUUGGCUUCGAUGAAUGCGGGAUCGUCGCUCAGAUCUCAGAACCGUUGGCGGCCGCGGACAUCCCAGCCUACUACAUCAGUACCUUCAAGUUUGACCACGCGCUGGUACCCGAAGAGAACAUCAAGGGUGUCAUCAAUGCCUUGAAAGUCAGCCAAGCGGAGAAGCAUUAGAAGCGCCCCUUUUCCCCCCAUUCUCCCCAGCUUCCCCCUUCCCCGUGUCCCCUCC